AUGUCCCUCUUUCGACCUCCAAUCGUUCGGUCUGCCACCGCAGCCCUCGACCGUUCUCUCUUCUCAAAGACCUUUCCUAUUGCUGCCGCAAGAGUGUUAAGUCCUAAAAACAUACCGCGAAUUCAAGUCCAGCUUAACAAAAGCCAUGAAGUCCUCAAUCUGGAAAGACGAAAGCCUGUGGAAAUAGAUCCAGAUCCAGCGCUGGCGUCAAAGGGUGGGAAAUGCUUGCUGUUGAACCCCGACGUCAAGCCAUAUGACUCGAAUACGUGGAGCAAGGUCUUACGAGAGGCGUCGGAAAAUGAUGAAAUUAAAGUUAUACCUUACGAUCUAGUGCUGGAUUAUAAUUAUUGGCAAUACCGUACAAUCUCCUAUUUCAAGGACGCUGUUCUGACAGAAGUAGUGGAUAUAAUGACUUCAUUAUUACCGGAAGAUGCACAGGCAGAAAUCCCCACUGGAUUUACAAUGGUUGGGCAUGUCGCACAUUUAAAUCUCAGAGACGAAUAUCUCCCUUAUAAGAAGAUUAUUGCGGAGGUUAUCGUAGAUAAAAACCCAACUAUUCGAACAGUCAUUAACAAGACUAAUAAUGUGGGCACUGAAUCCGAGUUCAGGACCUUUGCAUACGAAGUCCUAUUCGGCCUAGAUGACAUGAACGUCGAAGUGGGCGAGGGAGAAUGUGUCUUUAAAUUCGACUACUCCAAGGUAUACUGGAAUAGCCGUCUUCAGACAGAGCAUAAGCGAAUUGUGGAUAUGUUCACUCCGGGCGAAGUCGUUUGUGAUGUUAUGGCUGGCAUUGGUCCUUUUGCUCUACCAGCCGGAAAGAAAGAAGUCUUCGUUUUGGCUAAUGAUUUGAACCCGGAAUCUUACAAAUACUUGAAGGAGGGUAUCGUUCGAAAUAAGGUCUCCGAAAUCGUCCAACCCUUCAACGAAGACGGCCACACAUUCAUCCAGCACGCAGCCGAUCACCUCUUAAACCUAACCGCCACCUCCCAAAACACCAUAACCCGUCCCCUCCGCGCACCCAAGCGCUCCCGCAGGCACCCCCCUCCUACCACCCCCGCUCCCACCACCAAAACCCUCACCAUCCCCACCACAAUCUCUCACUUCGUAAUGAACCUCCCCGCCAUCGCUAUCUCCUUCCUCCCCUCCUUCAAUGGCCUUUACAAUAGCCACGACUCCCUUUUUUACCCCCACACCGCGACCAAACUGCCCAUGAUCCACGUACACUGCUUCUCGACGAAAAGCGACGACAACGUGCGCGAGACGGCGGAGAUUUGCGAACGCGUGAGCGAGGCGUUGGGGUUCGAGAUUAGGCCGGGCGAGCAGGAGAUGAGCGUGCAUGAGGUGCGGGAUGUGGCACCGAAGAAGAGGAUGUUUUGUGCUAGUUUCCGGUUGCCGGCUGAGGUGGCGUUCAGGGAGAGGAAGGCGGUUGGGGAAAAAGAUGGAUGGGGUACGUGGAUGAAGAAGCAGCUGGGGAUGGAGAGUGAGGAGUGA